AUGAAAAUCAAGGCCCUCAACGUUUACCCCAUCAAGGCCCUCCGCCCGAUCUCCCUAGAGUCGGCGACCCUCACUCCGCAGGGCAUUCUCUACGAUCGGACCUACAUGCUCUUCAAGGUGAAUCCGGACUCGUCCCUCCGCAAGAUGCAACUCUCCACGUUUCCGCAAUGCGCCCUCUUCUCCCAGGAAAUCGUCCCCUCCUCCUCUUCUUCCGACAAGAGCCCUGGGAAGAUGAUCCUCGUCAGAUACCACACCCCUAACCCGCCCCUGGUAGACCGCCAUCCCCUCCAGGAUACGACCCUCUCCGUGCCCCUCGUCCCGGACACCUCCACUCUCGAACCAGUCUCCGUCGACCUCCACGGCAGCCCCGCCGAGGCCCUCCGCAUGGGCGAGCCUUACGAUGCCUUUUUCUCCGCCUGCUUCGGCUUCCCCACGAUCCUAGUCCACAUCGGCUCCGGUCGGCGCCGCGUCCUCGGCACCCUUGCGCCGGGGUCUUUCUCUCCGGCAUCCUCAUCCAAGCAGCAGCAGCAGCAGCCCUCCUCACUCUUGUCGUCCAUCGCAUCCUACCUCCCAUCAUUUUCAUCCCCGGAAGCCCGGGGCGAGGAAGGAGACGCCCCGGCGUGGCUGACCUUCACCGACUGCGCGCCCUACCUCGUGACCUCACACUCCUCCCUCUCCUACCCCUCCCUGACGUCCUUCCAAGACUCCCCCAUCAUGUCCAAGUUCCGCCCCAACAUCGUCGUAGACGACCCCACCGAGGCCCCCUUCGCCGAGGACUUUUGGGCCGAGCUCGCCCUCACCGCCUCCGGCACUGGCACUCCAGCCAACGCAAAACUCCUCCUCACGGCAAACUGCGGCCGCUGCUCCUCUCUCAACGUCGACUACGACCUCGGCCGCGCGGCGGCCGGGCAGGAGGGCAAGCUCCUCAACACGCUGAUGAAGGACCGCCGCGUCGACCCGGGUCACAAGUACGCGCCCGUCUUUGGGCGGUACGCCUUCCUCGUCGUCGACGGGGCCGGCGACGGGGCUGGAGAGGAGCAGCCCAGGAUCCACGUCCGCGUCGGAGACCAAGUCACCAUCUCGCGCCGCAACGCCGAGCGCACCGUCUUCGACUGGGACCUCUCGGCCCCGGCCAAGAAGGCCCCGGCCGUUGCGUAG